GUCGACCCCAGUCCAGGACCCAGUGGCCCUCUCCACAGCCCAGACCUGACUAGCUUCGUUCCCCUUUCGUGCCACAGCCUUCCGCUGCCGCCCGGAGCUCCCGCUCGCAUUCUUCCCUCGCUGUGGGAACCUCCGGCGGGCGGUGCAGCGGGCCGGGAGCCAGCGAGCUCGGCGCAUGCGCCCCCCACGCCCGCUCGGCCUGCUCAUCUCCCGGCGCCUCCCGCCUUGCGCACGCGCACACUGCAAACCAACGCCCCGGACUUGAGGCGCGGUUUUGGUGGCGCGUUUCAGCCAAGUCGCACGUGAAGGAAAGCGGUGGCCGGAGCUCGAUCCAGUAUGGCAGGCUUGGGCAGCAGUGCCCCAUGGAGCAAGUAUCUGUUCAAAGCCCUCCUCAUGGUCCUGGUGGCCGUGCUCCUGCUUCACUCAGCCUUGGCCCAGUCCCAUCGGGACUUUGGACCUCCAGGUCGGCAGAAGAGGGAGGCUCCAGUUGACCUCCUGACCCAGAUUGGUCGCUCCAUGCGGGAAACACUCGAUACCUGGAUUGGGCCAGAAAACAUGAACUUGAUUUCAGAGACCCUGUCUCAGGCGAUGUGGGCCAUCUCCUCUGCCAUCUCCGUGGCCUUCUUUGCUCUGUCUGGGAUCGCUGCCCAGCUGCUCAAUGCCCUGGGACUCAACGGUGAACACCUCACCCAGGGCCUGAAACUCAGUCCCAGCCAGGUCCAGACCUUCCUGCUGUGGGGAGCAGGGGCCCUGGUCGUCUACUGGCUGUUGUCCCUGCUGCUCGGCUUGGUCUUGGCCUUGUUGGGGCGGAUCCUGGGGGGCCUGAAACUCGUCAUCUUCCUGGUGGGCUUUGUGGCCCUGGUGAGGUCGGUGCCUGAUCCUUCCACUCGGGCCCUGCUACUGCUGGCCUUGCUGACCCUGUACACCUUGCUGAGCCGGCUCACAGGCAGCCGGGCAUCCGGGGCCCAGCUGGAGGCCAAGGUGCGAGGGCUGGAGCGCCAGGUGGACGAGCUGCGCUGGAGGCAGAGGCGAGCGGCCAAGGGGGCUCGGAGCGUGGAGGAAGAAUGAGGAAACCCCCCCGAAGGCCACCUUCGCCAUACCAAAGAGCUGAGCUGUUCCAGGCUGGCACAGCCUUCCCGCCGGCCCCUGCCCAUCUUGCCUUGUCCGAGCCCCAGAUGAGAGAGGAAAAGUGUUGCUCUGUCCUCUGAGGGUCUCUCUCUCUCUGGGGCUGGCUCUCUUCAGCCGUUCUCUGCCCCAGCCAGGGCAGGUUGGAGCGGCCUCCCCUCUCGCCCAGCCUCUGCAUCUGUUCUCAGCUCUCAUCACUGCCAUUGGUCUCCCCGUGACUAAACCAG